UUGUCAAAUGAUAUACAUGCAGAUCUCAAUUACUUUUGUUUAGAUGUCUGUCAAAAUGGUGGCCCUUAUGGUAUUGAUAAUUUCGUUAUUAUCGUAUUCACAGGCGGCUACUACAAAACCGGUACCAUUACCUUCGAGAUAGCAAUAUGGGUAGUAAAAUUACAUGUAUUUGCAAUCUCAGUAUGUGGACGAUGUCUACCUCGUGCAGUUACCCUAACCCCAGCUGAUGGAACGCCAGGUUCAAUAACUCCUGUAAUCAAAAUGCUGCCUAAUGAUAAACGAGGAUGUAGGCAAAUGUAUGUGAUUUGCAACACUCCUAGCGGAUACACCAAAUCGAAUAUGGUGAUGAAUGAAGAAACCAGCUACCCACUUGUUGGAAAGAACGUCAGAGCUCUCAUUACCUGCUUCAAGGGUUCAUGGCAUGCUGAUCUAGGCGGGUCUUACAUGUGA